AUGUCGAGCCGACCAUCAAUUACUAGCUACACAUACCGUGCAAAGGGCACGAGAAGAUUGCCUCCCAUGAGCAGUGGUCACCCCAAGCUCCGCCAAUUGAAGCGAAGCACGUCCUUGGAAUGGGUAUAUGAUGCAGCUUUGGAAGACACGGACGCCGGGCCCACAGAUGGCCGCUUGGUUAUUAGAGUUGGGGAAGAUGUCGCUAUCUUUCCGCUCGAAGAACGGUCAGUCCCAAUGAUGGAUGGCAGUCUACCUAUCAUGUCAUAUUGGUAUGGUAAGAUAAAGGAUAUCUACUGGAAGACUACUUCACACAAUCAGGAGGCGUGGCUUGAUAUUCAAUGGUAUUAUAGACAGGUUGACUUGGAGGACGAAGGUAUCGACCUUGCAGAUUGCGUCGGGACAUAUGAGCUAGUUCUCAGUGACCACACGUCUAUAGUGGAUAUGCAUUGUGUUGAGACUCAUGCUACAAUUUUGCGAUAUGACGAGGGUGAUUUAUCUCAACCCCAAAUUCCAACUGAGACACUCUACCAUCGAUGGACGAUGAACAUGCAUUUUGUAAACCGCGGUAACACUGUAUACUUGGAUGGAGUAAAUAUUUGUCCCAGAUUCAUCCCUAUGCGAUAUACAGAACUCACAACUAUCCACACGAAUGUGCAGCGAUUCUGCAGGACAUGCGACAGGUGGUUCAAUGAGAUUUGCCUGGUGUCUAAUGGACGCAGGAUGCAUAAGAAGACCAAGGUGCUCCUCCCAUCUCUCUGUGACGGUAUCACAUUCGACAAAGAGUUUCUUGCGCUGAUGACCAUGCCAAUUCGACGAGGGGGACCAUGCGGUGUGGUUGGAAAUGCACUGAUUGUGGCGAAGAUCCGGACGCUCAUCACAGAGGCAAUCAAGCGUGGAAGUCUGCCAGAUGGUUGGAAGGAAGACAUCCAUAAAGCUGGUUUGACAUUGACAUCGUCUGACAAGCUCAUUCCACGGUUCUACUGUCUGGUUUGUCCGGAGAAGGUGGUCUAG